AUGGCUCUUAAACGAAAAACACGUAAUUUACCAAAUCUAGAUGAUAAUGAAAAAUUUACUCAAAUGUCUUUUUUCGAUCCGGUUUAUCAAAACGAUAAUGAAAGUGAUGGCGAAAUAUCAGUUAAUAGUCUUGUUCGACAAGCAUUUCGAGAUAAUAAUCAAGAUGAAUCAAAUGAAACAUUAGAUGCUGAUCCGAUAACAAAUAAUGCAGCACAAGAUGAAACAUCUGAUCAAGAACAAUCAGUAGAAUUUUCUACGGAAAGAAUAAUUGUUCGUGUAAAACAAAUUCAAAAUUCUAUUCAACAAGCACAAACAAUGCUUGAUUCAAUGGAUAAAUUUAAACAUUUAGUUCCGGGAAGUGAAGAACAAUGUGAAAAACUUCGUAUAAUUAUUGCAAAUCUUGAAGAACAACAAGCUGGUUAUGUUAAUUUAUUCAAUUUAAUUACAUUAACAAAUGAAGAACGAUCAGGACUUAUUAAGAAAAUUUCUGUAGCUGAUCGUCAAAUUCAACUCGAUAAUGAUGAUCAAUCGAAUGACGAUGAUGAUGAUGAUGACGAAGAAGAAGAAGAGGAUGAAAAACCAAUAUCUCAACGAAAAGUUCAAUUUCCCGAUCAUUCACAUAGUGAAAAUAAAAAUGGUUUUAAACCAUCGAUUUCAACAAUAAAUACUUCUGAUAAUGAACAAAAUACUCGUAAUGAUAAUUCAAAUUAUGAUUCACUUGUUGGAAGUCUUAAAAGUGAUACAAUCAAUUGGAAAGAUCAACAAUCAACCACUGGUGAUGAAGCAAGUGAUGUUGAAAGUGAAAAAGAAAUGGAAAGAAAUUUAAUGCUCCAAAAAGAACAACUUCGAGCUUUACAAGGUCAAAAACGCGCAUUACUUGCAUUGAAAAAACGUUCUGAACAACGUUUAGUUGAACAACAACAACAAUUAAGUAAUAAGAAAACUGUGACUCCAAAAGAAGAUCCAUCAGAAAAUGAUCUUUUAUCUGAUAUUCAUAAUCUUCGUGAUCGAUUACAAUUACUUCGAAAUCUUUAUGAACAAAAACAUGAAGUUGAAGUUAAACAAGUUAAAAGUUCACCCAAAGAACAACCGAAACCUGAUGAAAACCGUGUAAAAAAUUUACAACAUGUUCGACAACAAUUAAAUGAAUUAGAACAAAUUGUUCGAUAUUAUCAAAUGGAUUUAAUGGAUCAACAAGAAGAAGAAACAACUGUUUAUGAAGAAGCCCAAAUUCAACCUGAUGAUGUACAACGUUUAAAAACACUUAUCACCCAACAGAAACAACAAAUAUCACCAGCAAAAAUAAAUAAUAACAAUCCACCUAAACCACUUGAUAAAUUAUCAACUGAAUUAGCUGCUAAAAGAUUAGAAUUAGAACAAGCAAAAUCUGCAUUAAGUCGCCUUCAACAAAUGGUGAAAACAAUCGAACCUGAUCAACCGUCUUCAUCUGCUCGUUCAACUCCGAUUCCACCAUCUCCUAAAAAAUCACCCAAAAAUACGAAAAUGAAUCUUUCAACUAAUUCAAAACCGAAAAUGAAUCUUUUAACUGAUCUUAUUUCACCAAAAUCAAGUGAAAAACAAAAUUCUAUUCUCGCAACGAAUACAUAUGCUGAUGCUAAAAUGGCUGCACAACAUCGUGAAAUUGAACGUUUAGUUGAAUCUCGUCAACGUUUACAUACACUGAAAGAUCAAAUAGCAUCGUUACAUCAAAGUAUGACUACACCACCUAUUCAAUCAAAAAAAGAUUCAAAAAAUGAAACACAACUUGAUAAACCAUCAUAUGAAAGUGAAUACAAUCAAUUAAAAAAUCCAGCUGAUGAUGAUUUAGAUUUGUAUCGUUUUGAAUGUGAAUCAGGUGAUGGAGAAGAACUUGACGAUGAUGAUAAUGAUGAUGAUCUUGAUGAAGAGAUUCCACUUCCACCUCGAAUAAAACAAGGAAAUUUUCAUACACCAGAAGAUAUCGUUGCUGAACAUGAACAACGUUUAUUAAAUAAAAAACCUGAUCAAACUGAAGAAUUAAGCACGCAAAUGCGUGAAAUAUGUCGUUGUUUAUCAACAUUUAUUCAAGAACAAAAGUCUUUUAAUCGCCAUAUCGAAGAACAUCUUACCGCAGCAGCUGUAAAUAAUUCAUCUCGAACAUCUCUUCCUUCCGUAUCAACUUCAGGGGAUACAAUGUUUAAUCAAUUACAACAACAAGUUCUUACUCAAGGUCUUAUUGUUAAUUUAAAUACAGCUUAUCGUGAAAUAGCUGUUUUACAAUCAGAAAUCAAUACACUUCAAACUGAAAAUAGUCGUUUAACAGCAUCCUCGGCAUCAUAUGAUAGUCAACAACAAAAACAACAACAACAACAACAAUAUAAAACACAACUAUAUUCACGAGAUAAUUCAAAAGAUUCAAUCUAUAGUUUAAAUCAAAUUCAACCAAUACGUUCAAAAUUUACUGAAAAUAUUCAACCAUUAAAUCAUAAUUUAUUAGCAAAUAAUAAUAGAUUUGAAAAUUCAAGUAAAACAUCAUUUAGUAGUCAAAGUACAGGAAAUCGAACGGCUAUUAAUUUUAAUGAAGAUCAAUUAGAAACAACACCGAUCAAACAUGAAAGAAAUGCAACGUUUACUUCUGAUCGUUUAUUAUCACCAAAACCGCUUCAUUUACAUACAAAACAAUUACCUGAUGGAUAUGAAGUAACUUCAAAUCAUUAUCGUAAUUCAUCGAAAGGGAUUCCUUCGAAAUCAUUUAUUAUUCGUCGUCGAGCAGUAACAAAUGAGAAUGCAAAUCAACUUAAUAAAUCUCAAUCACCUAAUUAUAAUCAACUAUUACAACAAAAUACCUUUGAUAAUGACGAUGAUGAUGAUGAUAGUGAUGAUAGUGAAAGUAAUAGUGAAGAAGAACAACAAAAAAAUGAUCUAUCAAGAACUAUAUUUAACCUUGAACCAUCAGUUUCUUAUUCAGCAUCAACUCAAGAUUUAGAUAAUGCUGAUAUACAAACAAUUAAUUUACAAGUUAAAUCAAUUAUGGUUCAAUUAAUUCCAUUUAUGCGAUUACAUAUUAAUGAUAUAUUUAAUCAUUCGAUUUUAAAUCAUGUUCGUGAACGUAUCUUAUUUUUAUUUAAACAACAACCAGAUUCUGCUCAAUUAGUUUCCCAUUUUCAAAAUCAAUUCUCAGCAUCCCUUGCAAAAACUAUUGAAAAAUAUUGUGGAACAACUAUUCGUGAUUGUGCUGCUGAUCUCAUUCGUGAUAUAUCUGAUGUUGCUUUUGAUGAAUUAGUUAAAUAUAAAGUAUUUGAAAAUAAUAAUCAAGCAACAAAUAUUAAUGAAUCAAUGAUAAAAUCAACGAAUACACAACAAGAUGAAUAUUCAAAUUUAUAUCAUUCAACUAUUGAAAAUUAUACACCAGAAACAUCAUUAGUAGAUGGUGGAGAGAAUGAUAAUAAAUAUCAAAUUGAAUUAGCUGAAUCAGAAAGUCGACCAUUAACAUUAGUUGGUAGUGAUGAAGAAGAUAAUGAUUCUGAUCAAGAAGAAAAUAAAGAUAGUGAAUUAGAAACAGCUGUAUCACGUCAAGAUAUAAAUCUUAAUCAAAAUGAAACAGCAUCAUCAAGUGAAUUGAAUUCUAAUGGACAUGAAUAUGUAAUGGUUAAUCGUUCAACAAGUAAUGAUACUAUUGAUGAUAAUAUACCAGAAGUUGAAGAAAAAAAGAAUGAAAAUGAAGAUGAAGUUGUUGCUGAUUCAUAA